UGCCUCGAUCGCCUCCUCCGCCGCCGCCUCACUUCGGACCGCCUCUCUACCGGUCUCCGCUGGUGCUUCGGUUCCGCCUUUCGUCGUCGCCUUUCUCUCCUAUUCUUAGGUAUAUUUUUGCGAUAACGAUGAUUUCAGCUGUCUGUUGGGUCCCUAAAGGGGCUUCGAAGACGGUUCCAGAGGUUGCCGAGCCACCUUCUCAAGAGGAGAUUGACCAAAUAAUAGCCACGGGGGCCCUGGAAAGAAGAGGAGACAGUGAGGGAGAGGAAGAUGAGGACAUGGAUAUGGAAGUGGAUGAAGUAGCCAUUGCAAGAGCUGCAGCAAGAGCUCUUGGUCAGGGAAAUACAAGCUCUGCCAAUUUUCAAGACAUAACUGAUGGUCUUCAAGAACUUGACAUGGAUAAUUAUGAUGAAGAGGAUGAUGGCAUCGAGUUAUUUAGUACUGGCCUGGGUGACGUUUUCUAUCCGAGUAAUGACAUGGACCCGUAUCUGAAAAAUAAGGAUGAUGAUGAUAAUGAUGAUGAAGAAAGUGAAGACGACAUCAUAAAAUCAACAGAUGCGGUCAUAAUUUGUGCACGGAAUGAUGAUGAAAUGAGUCAUCUUGAGGUUUAUAUUUUUGAGGAAUUGGAGGAUGGAGAUUCGAAUAUGUAUGUUCAUCAUGAUGUCAUCCUUCCAGCUUUUCCCCUCUGCACAGCUUGGCUUGAUUGUAACCUUAAAAGUGGUGAUAAAGGGAAUUUUAUAGCUGUAGGCUCAAUGGAACCUGCUAUUGAAAUAUGGGACCUUGACCUUGUUGAUGAGGUGAAACCAUUUAUGGAAUUGGGAGGUGUUUCAAAGAGAAAGAAAGGAGGAAGAAAGACAUCAACUAAGUACAAGAAGGGCAGUCAUAGAGACUCUGUACUUGGUCUGGCAUGGAACAAGGAGGUGAGGAAUGUCCUAGCUAGUGCAAGUGCUGAUAAGUCUGUCAAGGUCUGGGAUGUGGUUACUGGGAAAUGUGCUGUCACAGUUGAGCAUCAUACAGACAAGGUUCAAGUGGUUACAUGGAGCCGGCAUUCACCAGAAGUACUUCUCAGUGGAUCUUUUGAUAAAUCAAUUAUUAUGAUGGAUAUGAGGUCUAGUGAGCAUGCUAGGAACAAGUGGUCUGUAACAGCUGAUGUUGAGAGCUUGGCAUGGGACCCACAUAAUGAACACUCAUUUGUGGUCAGUCUCGAGAAUGGUACAGUCCAAGGUUUUGAUAUCCGGGCUACUGCAUCUGAUUCAAGUUCUAACCCCAAGCCAUGUUUCACCCUUCAUGCACAUGAUAAAGCUGUUUCUUCAAUCUCUUAUAAUCCAUCAGCUCCUAAUCUUCUUGCUACUGCUUCCACAGAUAAAAUGGUGAAACUCUGGGACAUAUCAGAUAACCAGCCUUCUUGUGUUGCAUCUACAAAUCCAAAAGCUGGAGCUAUUUUCUCUAUAUCCUUUUCAGAGGACAGCCCGUUCUUGUUAGCCAUUGGAGGUUCCAAGGGAAAAUUGCAGGUAUGGGACACCUUAAGUGAUCCAGGUGUUGUUCGUAGCUUCGGCAGGUCUAGCAACCAAAAAACAGAUCCGGGGCCAGCAGCUGAGCGUUAAUCCGUCUGCUUUGCACUGUUGCAUCUAUGUUGUGGAUUGUAGACUUUGGGUUGGAGAAAUAAAACUAGAGGGAAAAUAUGCAAUUUUGACUGAUGUUCUUGGAAAUGGGCUUGCAAAUUUAUUUCUAUUCGUAUCUUCAGUGAUUCAUUUGUUUCUACUCUUUUGCUUCUUAUCUAAUCUUUUCUCCAUUAUUUUAUUAAUAUAUGGACUUUAAUUCAA